AAUUUUGAUACUUUUCCUCCACCAUAAAGUGGAGGUUGCUGCGGAUUCAUAUUAGAUUAAGUUCUUUGCGUAAUUUUUGUUAGUUGAUAUAUAUAUAAAAAGAAAAUAACUUACAACUACGCUAUUAGAGCUGACAAAUUGAAUUACACAAUAAUAUUUUUUUACACGAUGUAAAGCCAAAAAUUGUGCACUAGUUUAGUAGUUUUGCAACACUAUGCUGUCUAUAUCAGCUGAUUGUAUAUGUGUAAUAAAAUAUCAAAUAACAAAUAUUAGGUGAAUGUUAUUUUUUGUUUUAUGUUUUUGAUUUUCCGUUCGGAAUAUUAUAAAAAAAAAUCUAAUCAAUUAAUAAAAUAACACCGCGGGCGCGAUAUUUCGGCACUUUCGGCAAGUUCUUUAACUAAUUAUGAUAUUAUAUUAUAUUUUUUGGUACUUUCGCAUUUAAUGACAAGUCUUUUACUAGGUUUCACUUCGAAAAAACACGGAGCGCAUCACGAACGCGACUUACUUUUUCAAACACACAAAGAGAUUUCUUACGCAAAAUGCAUCUAUCUCUUCUAGUCGUUCUAUUAAAUGCCAUAUCCUUUUUUAUCAUAAGUGGUAUUAUGCAUUUUGAGGAUCAUGCUAUCAUAAAAAACGGCAAAAGUAAAAAACACGAGAAACUCUUCUGGUACACGGAGAUAGUUCUAUGUUUGAUCAGUAUUGUUGCUAAGUGCUUUCUUACCUAUGUGGUCCUAGAGCUUUUGGAUUGCUUAGUAGCUUGGCUGGUGUUACGUUACAAGAGAGUACGUGGACGUAUUGUCUAUGUUGCCGCUGUUCAAAGAAUGGACAACGUGGCUUCGUAAGAAGGCUUGGAGUAGCAUAAAGUUUGCUGUUUAGAGUGCACGCCGAACAAAUAAUUCGAAAGCUAUUCCUUUAAAACCAAUAUCUUUUCUAACAUUUUUGUUUUUAUCACGUGAUGUUAUUGUU